AGCAAGAGGUGGUAGUGCCAUUUAUUACAUUACAUGCACAUCAAACCGUACAUGAAGGUAAGGAAUUCAAUCUGUAUCAAUAAGUUUGAAAACAGAGACAUAUCCUCUAAGAAUAUCUGCAAUCUACAGUCCACCUAGUUCCUGGUCACCGUUGGAAUCGCAAUAGGCAGUAUCUCAGAUGGGUUCAUAUUUGGGCAGAUGUCUGGUAUGAUCGACAAACUGCACUCUAACCAUAGCUCCAUACCAAUAUCUGAUGAAUUUGUAUCAUGGAUAGCCUCCACAAUCAAUAUCACCUGCUUCGUGGGCUUCGCUGUGGUUGCUGUUAUUACAGAAAUGUGGGGGCGCAGAUAUUCCGUCACUGUGAUGUCGAUGCCUGCUCUUAUAUCGUGGAUAUUAACGUAUUUUGCACAAGAUAAAUAUGUGUUACUCCUCACAAGAGUACUGGCCGGUUUAUCUUACGGUGGAAUAUUAUUCUUAAGUUACACAAAUAUCGGUGAAUAUAUGACACCAAGCUUCCGGUUUCUAGCGUUUAAUAUGCUUGUUUGUGUUGGUUCAAUGACUGGAACAAUGAUGGGACACGUCUUAAGUGUUAUUAUGAAUUGGCGAAAUGUUGCUUUAAUAGGAAUUUUACCAACAAUGUUGUCAGCUGCUAUUCCUUUAUUUUGGGUGGAAAGCCCCAUGUGGCUAGCAUCGAAAGGCAGAUUUGAGGAAAGCGAAAAAGCAUUUAGAGCCCUUCAUCCCUCUAAUGAGAAUUCUGACAAAGAAUUAAAAAAUUUAAUUGCAAUGGAAACAGAUAAGCAAUUAAAAUACUCCAGGGGUGGUAUUUCAUCGACAUCAUAUUUUAAGAAAAUAUUCAUAACAAUACGACAACGCUAUUUUUGGAAGUUAUACUCUUUGUCUAUUGUAGUCAAUGUGUACCGUGUAGCUGCUGGCCGGGUUUUGUUCAGUACAUUGGCAAUAACGAUGCUCCAGGAUAUUAGUGGAACAUCAGACAUAUUAACAUUUACACUAUUAACAAACGGCUUCUCAAUUUUCGGUGCAACCAUUUCUUUUAUCUUCAUGAGAAAGUACAAAAUGCGUCAGCUUUUAUUUCCAACGGGAAUUUUGGCAAAUUUACUAUUGGUAUCUCUUGGGCUGUUGCUUCUUAUUAGGCCUGAAAAAGAUGUCAUAACAAAUUGGGCCAAAAUAUUGCUGUUGGCAUUAUAUUUAGUUACAGUAGCUGCCGGUCCAUAUCCUGUUUUAGAAGCAUUGCUUACUGAAAUAAAUCCAUUAGAAGUUAAAUCAUUUUGUCUGAUCACGUUAGGCAUACUUAUAGGUGUGAUACAAUUUUUGGCGGUAAAGCUUGCACCUGGUAUGUUUAUUAGUAUAGGAUACCAUGGUGUUUUCUUUUUAAAUGCGGCUAUUGUAUUCAUAUGUCUUUUGUAUCUUUGGUUUUACAUGCCAGAAACAAAAGGCAGAUCAUUACAAGAAAUAGAAGUUUAUUUCAAAAAUAAUAAAUAUGAUGACAAUGCGUUUAAAUUUGAACAAAGUAAAGAGUUAUUAGAAUUAAAAAAAGAUGUUGCAUAACUUGUGACAUUGAAAGCAAUUUACUGCCACAUAAAAACAAAAAAUUAAACCAAAAGUCAUUAAUAAGUAGUAGAUAGUGAUGUUUUUAUUGCUUAAACUCACAAUCGCGUUAUUUAAAAUACGAAAAAUAACAUCUUGCCGUACGUACGUACGUACAUUAUUCUUACUUAAUUACGCAUUUUUCAGUUGUUAGUUUAUACCGUUAGGGCCGUUGUCCUGUCACGAGGAUUUCCAACCGCGUGCGAAGCUAGUCCGCAUGAUAACACUUUACACUCAUGACAGGAAAAAAGCCCGUAGUCAUAAUCGACACAACUGAUCAAUAAUAGGCUAAUAAUAAAUAAGAUGGCUCUCGAUAUAGAGAUAAGAAACAUGUUCGAAGUAAAUCUAUCGAAAAGCAUUAUAUUACAAAUAUUGCUUAGUAGAUAAAAUUAAUUGUAAUAAAACCAUGUGUUGCCUUUAGUAAGGCAGUACGCGGAUCUCUACUAUUAAUUGGUUAAAA